CCCUCCACCUCCCCCUCCCCCUUUCCCCCCUCUUUCAUAUGCAUUGGGUUUCGUUACUUGCGUGUCGAGAAUAAUCCACCCCUCCUCUCGCUGAAAGUGGUUUCUUGCUGCCUGUCGUUUCCGUGGCUGUGUGUUGUUGUUAUUGUUGUUGAUCCUCCUCGUUCCCGCACGUUUCAGGGGAUUCUUAUCUUCUCUCCCGUCUUCACCUCGAUUCGUCCGAAAAGUACGACAACUACUAGAUCAAUUCUAGUGCGACACUUCCCAACCGUGGUGGCUCGUCUCUCUGCACGAGUGAGAUCGCGCACGUUCGGGCCCCGGUGGAGCCAGCUAGCCUUCCUUGCGCAUCGCACGCCCUCAAUCUAAUCUCAACACACAACAAUAAAUAAAUCUGGUCCUGUCGCUUUGACGCUCGCUGCAUAUAAUUUCGACUUGCACCAUGAAGCCCUCAACGAUCGUACUCUGUCUCAUCCCGACGAUAGCCCUCGCCGUCGAAGCCGACCGGGCACCUUCGCCCACUCCCUCGUUGCCGGACACCACCCCGCCUGCUCCCUUACCUGAGAUCCAAUUCCGACCCGAUCACCAAGAAAACGUGCUGGGGGUUCAACAAGAGAGUCGACUGCCAGAACGGGGUCUACAGAGCGGCGACGAGGCCGCACUCGACAGCGGACUGGGCACGCCGGCCGCCUCGUCGCGGGACACCAAGACCCUGCGCGCUCGCAGCGAAGGCACCCUCGGACAGACGCCUUGGAUCGGAAUGGCCAUCGGAUUGACCUGUACAGCGCUGGCGGCCGUCAUGCUAGGCUGAAGGGUAGUCGCAACGCAUCGUCUUCCAUUCUCGCAUACGGAGUUUUUCCUCAUUUUCAAAUUACCCCCCUUUUGACGACAUUUGACCGGCAACCGCGAAUCGGAAACGGCUGGUCGACUAUUUUAUUUCUGCCUACGAGCGCAUCGCAUACUCUUAUUGGGUCCGACCCUCUCAGACCUGCAUUUCAUCUGCAGUGGACUGGUCACGUAAUAACGUGUGGAUACCGGACACGGUUCCUGCAGGUUCCUGUUCUAUACCAUCUUCUUUGCAUGCAUACCCAAGCCACAUGUAUAGAUUAGGUUUUUUUUUUUUUUUUUUUUUUUUUUUUUUUUUUU